UUGAUUAUAAUACCAUCACAAAUUGAAAUAGAAUCACAAUCAACAAAUAUUUUGAUCUCAGACAACAUACACAAUUCCGAUGCGGAUACCAUUCAAACAUUAGGUAAUAUAAUAUCUCAUGAAACAAGUACUAGUUCUUUAGAAAUUAUAACUCAUGUUGAAAAUACACAUCAUGUUAUACCUAAUCCACCAAUAUCGGAUGAUAGCGAUACAGAGAAAAAGAUUGUGCCUUAUUCUGAUUCUGACUCAGAUUCGCUUGCUAAGAUCAAAAAGAUUAAGAAACGAAAGAAACGUUUUAACGUUGAUAAAAAAGAACGGGUUAGCGAAAAGAAUAAACAAAGAAGACAAGAAGGUAAAACAUAUUUUGGGAGAGAGAAAAAGCAAGACUGUUGGAAUUAUAAUAAAACUAAAGAAGCACGUUCCAUUAAAUCAAGAUGCUCCUGUAAAAUUGGGAAGUACAGUACUUUAAAAUGUGAAACAGUAGAUGAAGAUAAGGUGGGUCACACCCAAAUGGAGGCCGAUUCAAUGCAUUCCACUAUAGAACGUCAGCUUAAGAACAAGGUCAUAAAUGUGCCAGCUGAAUACAUAUCUAUUGCUAAGCAUGCUCGUAAAUGCCCAGUACCAUAUUAUGUAACAUAUUUGGACCACACUUACUUCAAAAACUUCGACAAAAUUCAGUUUUAUAAAAGUAUUCGCCCAGGAAGAUCUAAAGGGGAUCCUAAGGUCACUGACAUUCGUGCACUACGUUACGAAAGCAAUGGAUCAAUUCUUUAUAAAACUUGCUAUAAAGAUGAAUGGCAAAGUUUACCACAAAGACGAUCUUUGCAAUGUAAUCCUUGCGAGAUUACUCAACUAUCUCAAUUGUAUCAGAACCGACGUAAAAUCACUGCACGAAUAUUUGAAGACUUGCAGCAAAUAAAAAAGACCCUUCCCUCUGACUAUCAUAAAUAUUAUGAUGACUUGCCUCAUGAAUAA